UCGCAGUGCAGCCUACCGGGAGGCAGAGCGCGGCAGCAGCUGCAACCAUUGCAGGGACCCGCAUCUCCUUCGCUUGCCAGCCCAGCAGAACUCUUAGGAAGGAGAGGUUGCCGCCCGGCAGGGCUUUCCAUUGGGAGGCGCGAAGGCUUUAGUGGGCGGGAAUUGGUGCAAAUAUAGGCAGGGCGGGCACCAGCAGCGUGCACAAGCAGCGUUUCCUCCCCCUCUCCCCUCCCGUGUCAACAAGCGAGGCGCCUGCGCAGGGUAUUUGCUUCCCUAGUCGGGCCCGCAGUUUGGUCUUCUAGGGGGGCAGCUGCACCCCCUUGCUGGGUACACCCAUGUGCCAGAUCCCUCACUGAUGGGCAAGGUACACUUUGUCCUAAUUUGAUGCAAUUUGGUUCAGCAGUUACGGAGAAAGGCUGUGACCUCUGCGCGCGCAAUGCCUACAUUUUUAUAUAUAUAGAUAAUUUUAUAAUUUUAUUUACAAAUUGCGUUUGAAAAUGGAAGCAUUCACUUCCAGGUUGUUGGUGUUUGAAAGCCUUGCAGAAUUUUAAGCAUAACCUUUCUAGCAUGUGAAAUGAGCGCAAUUGUGCGGUAGUUGGAGCAUUCUUUGGCACUGCCCUUCUUUGGGAUUGGGAUGUAGACUGAUCUUCAAUCCUCUGGCCACUGCUGAGUUUUCCAAACUUGCUGGCAUACUGGGUGUAGCACCUUAACAGCAUCAUCUUUUAAAUUUUUAAAUAGUUCAGCUGGAAUAUCAUCACUUCCACUGGCCUUGUUAUUAGCAGUGCUUUCCAAGGCCCAUUUGACUUCACUCUGCAAGAUGUCUGGCUCAAGGUCAGCAACCACACUACCUGGGGUGUAUGAGACCUCCAUAUCUUUCUGGUAUAAUUCCUCUGUGUAUUGUUGCCACCUCUUCUUGAUGUCUUGUGCUUCUGUUAGGUCCUUACCACUUUUGUCCUUUAUUAUGGUAAUCUUUGUAGGACAUGUUCCUUUCCUAUCUCCAAUUUUCUUGAACAGAUCUCUGGUUUUCCCCAUUCUAUUGUUUUCCUCUAUUUCUUUGCAUUGCUCAUUUAAGAAGACCCUCUUGUCUCUCCUUGCUAUUUUUUGGAAAUCUGCAUUCAGUUUCCUGUAUCUUUCCCUAUUUCCCUUGCAUUUUGCUUGCCUCCUCUCCCCCGCUAUUUGUAAGGCCUCGUUGGACAGCCAUUUUGCUUUCUUCCAUUUCCUUUUCCUUUGAAAAACAAUUUUUGGAAUUACUUUUGGACUUUAGAGAUAAGAUGCGUAAGCACAAUGGAAAAGUACCAAUCCCAACAGGGAAUGAAGAGAACAAAGUUGAAAUACCAUCAGACUUGAAUCAUGAAAUACUUAAAGAAGAAGAAGAGGCAUGGAUCAUUGUUCCUCCAGUGGGAGGGGGGGAACAGGAUCCAUGUUUGAACCAAAAGACCUUCAGAGAAGAACCAGCAUGGAAAGAUGCCCGUCCAGUGAGAGGGUGGGGGCAGGAUGCAUGCUGGGGACAGAGUUUGAGGGGAACAAAUUAUGGAAGAGGGUUGAAAUGUGGAAAUACAAUUGGAUGGUCUUCAUGGGGUCACAAAGGGUCGGACAUGACUAAACGACUAAACAACACAACAACAACAGUUGGAUGGUAUUGUGCAACAGUUAAAGAAUUGGGGAGACAGCAGGGGACGAAGAGGGUAGAGCAGUGGUUGGAAUGGGUCAGAGUGGGAGUGGGGUGAAAGCUUUCAAUAUAUGAUUUUCUCUGAUUGAUUAAGAUGGUUCGAAUCUGGAAUGAUUUAAGGAGCUAGCUGUGUCUUCUGGAGACACUGAUUCCAAAGGGGGGGUGUGUGAACUAGAUUUAAAUGUUUACUUGUGAUUAGAUGAAAUAGUAUCUGUUUAUAUGGAUAUUUUUGGGAAUGAAAUAAGGGCUUUGGGGAGAAAUAAAAGUUAAAGGGAUUAGUUGUUAUGUUUUUUUAGAAUUAGGUUAAUUGAUCUGGGAAUGAUAUUUGCAGGUGAAUAUGAAAUUAGAAAUGAUUUAAGUAUAGGUUAAGAUGUAUUACGAAAUUGUUCAAGGUUAAGGAAAAAAUAUGUUGAAUGAUAUAAGAUAUAAUGAGAAAUUGUUUAAGGUUUCUAAAAAUAUAUUAGAAUGAUUCAAGAUAUAAAUGAAAACUGCUUAGUUUGGUUAUAAAAAUGAACUCACUGAGGGAGAUGUGAGGAAGUCUACAAUGUUAAUAAACUAGAUUUUAAAUUAUUUUUCCCCCUUUUAUUUUCUAUGUCCUGUAAUUUUUCUUUAUUGUUUCAUUUUUUCUGUUUUGUAUUUUUGUAUUUUGAUUUAUUUGAAAAUGAAUAAAAAGGAUACUGACAAGCUGGAAGGAUACUGACAAACAAGAAGGAUACUGACAAGCUGGAAUGUGUCCAGAGGAGGGCAACCAAAAUGGUCAAAGGCCGUAUGUUUAGCCUGGAGAAGAGAAGAAAACAAAUAGGAUUUCCUCCCCACUUCGCCCUCCAAACCAGACAAUGAAGAAGGCAGUCAGAAUUCUGUGGGGCCAUGUUCAAUAUGAAUAACGAAGAAGCCAUUUAAAUGCAUGGAGUGUGGAAAGAGAAAGGAGAAACAAUUUGAAAGUAUGGAGUGUGGAAAGAGCUUCAAUGACAGCGGAACACUGAAAAAGCAUCAAUUGACUCACAAGGGGGAGAAAUCAUUUAAAUGCAUGGAGUGUGGAAAGAGCUUCAGUCAGAGUGGAACACUUAGAAUUCAUCAACGGACUCACAUAGGAGAUAAACCGUUUAAAUGCAUGGAGUGUGGAAAGAGCUUCAGUCAGAGUGGAGACCUUAGAAAACAUCAACGUAUUCACACAGGAGAGAAACCAUUUAAAUGCAUGGAAUGUGGAAAGAGCUUCACUUGGGGUAGAACACUUAGAAUUCAUCAACGGACUCACACAGGAGAGAAACCAUAUAAAUGCAUGGAGUGCGGAAAGAGCUUCACUGUCAGUGGACAGCUUAAAAUUCAUCAACGGAGUCACACAGGAGAGAAACCAUUUAAAUGCAUGGAGUGUGGAAAGAGAUUCAGUCGCAGUUGGCACCUUAGAAUUCAUCAACGGACUCACACGGGGGAGAAACCAUUUAAAUGUAUGGAGUGUGGAAAGAGAUUCAGUCACAGUGGGCUCCGUAGAAUUCAUCAACGGACUCACAUGGGGGAGAAGCCAUUUAAAUGCAUGGAGUGUGGAAAGAGCUUCACUACUAGUGGAAACCUUAGAACACAUCAAUGGACUCACAUGGGGGAGAAGCCAUUUAAAUGCAUGGAGUGUGGAAAGAGCUUUAGUCACAGUGGAACACUUAGAAUUCAUCAACGGAGUCAUACAGGAGAGAAACCAUUUAAAUGCAUGCUAUGUGCAAAGUGCUUCAGUAGGAGUGAAAAGCUUAGAAGUCAUCAGCGGACUCACACAGGAGAGAAACCAUUUAAAUGCAUGGAGUGUGGGAAGAGCUUCAGUAGAAGUGACAGCCUUAAUUUACAUAAUCAAACUCACACAGGGGGAAAACCAUUUGAAUGUAUGGAGUGUGGAAAGCGCUUCUGUCACAGUGGAUACCUUAGAAAACAUCAACGGUCUCACACAGGAGAGAAACGAUUUAAAUGCAUGGAGUGUGGAAAGAGCUUCAGUCAGAGUGGAGACCUUAGAAUUCAUCAACGGAGUCACACGGGGGAGAAACCAUUUAAAUGCAUGGAGUGCGGAAAGAGCUUCACUGACAGUGGACAGCUUAGAAUUCAUCAACGGAGUCAUACAGGAGAGAAACCAUUUAAAUGCAUGGAGUGUGCAAAGAGCUUCAGUCAGGGUGGACACCUUAGAAACCAUCAACGGAUUCACACAGGAGAGAAACCAUUUAAAUGCAUGGAGUGUGGAAAGAGCUUCUGUCACAGUGGAUACCUUAGAAUUCAUCAACGGAGUCACACGGGGGAGAAACCAUUUAAAUGCAUGGAGUGUGGAAAGAGCUUCAGUCAGAGUGGAUACCUUAGAAUUCAUCAACGGAGUCACAUGGGGGAGAAACCAUUUAAAUGCAUGGAGUGUGGAAAGAGCUUCAGUCAGAGUGAAAACCUUAGAAAACAUCAACGUAUCCACACAGGAGAGAAACCAUUUAAAUGUAAGGAAUGUGGAAAGAGCUUCAGUAGAAGUGACAGCCUUAAUUUACAUAAUCAAACUCACACAGGGGAAAAACCAUUUGAAUGUAUGGAGUGUGGAAGGAGCUUCAGUCACAGUGGGCACCUUAGAAUUCAUAAACUGACUCACACAGGGGAGAAACCAUUUAAAUGCAUGGAGUGUGGAAAGAGCUUCAGUCAGAGUGGAUACCUUAGAAUUCAUCAACGGACUCACACAGGGGAGAAACCAUUUCAAUGCCUGGAGUGCGGAAAGAGCUUCACUCACAGUGGAAACCUUAGAAAACAUCAACGGACUCACACGGGGGAGAAACCAUUUAAAUGCAUGGAGUGUGGAAAGAGCUUCAGUCACAGUGGGCACCUUAGAAUUCAUCAACGGACUCACACAGGAGAGAAACCAUUUAAAUGCAUGGAGUGUGGAAAGAGCUUCAGUAACAGUGGAGACCUUAGAAAACAUCAACGGACUCACACGGGGGAGAAACCAUUUAAAUGCAUGGAGUGCGGAAAGAGCUUCAGUCACAGUGGGCACCUUAGAAUUCAUCAACGGACUCACACAGGAGAGAAACCAUUUAAAUGCAUGGAGUGUGGAAAGAGCUUCAGUAACAGUGGAGACCUUAGAAAACAUCAGCGGACUCACACGGGGGAGAAGCCAUAUAAAUGCAUGGAGUGUGGAAAGAGCUUCAGUAACAGUGGAGACCUUAGAAAACAUCAGCGGACUCACACGGGGGAGAAACCAUUUAAAUGCAUGGAGUGUGGAAAGAGCUUCAGUCACAGUGGAAAGCUUAGAAUUCAUCAACAAACUCAUACAGGGGAGAAGCCAUAUAAGUGCUAGGGAAGUCUAUAGAGGUUCGGUUGUAGUGGAAGUCUUAGAAACCAUCAAAAGACUCUGAGGGGUAAGAGUUAUAAGGCUGGAAACUCUACAAGCCAUCAAUUAACUCAAAUAAGAGAAAUGGUUUAAAUAGAAAUAGUGUGGGAUCUGCUGUGGUUAUUAUGGAAUGCUUUUCCAAAACAUCUACUGACUUCCAUGGGGUGGAACCAUUUAGAGUGUAGAACGUGUUUCUCUGAGUUGACACUUUAUUUCACAUCAACAACAGGAAAUCAUUCUUAAAUGUAUGCAGCGUAUGUGAGUUUCUGUUGUUUGUAUGUAACAUUGUCUAGACAUGUAUAUAUAUAUAUAUAAAAGCAGAAACACAUCAAUACAUUACUCAUGGAUCAACCCAGAUAAAUGGGCUCCUGUCAAAGGUGGAGGGAAAUUGAUCUCCAAUGAAUCUUGAAGAUAUGACACCACUAAGGAGAUGGCCUCCUGGCCUGUAAAAAUUCACAGCAUAAUUUGUAUGCUUGAUCCAAUUCAGGGGGCAUUUUGCCUUUUGCUCCAUCCCACAGGUUACAAGAGGUAGCAACAGGAGCAGUGUUAUCAUUCUGAAUCUGCCUGCUACAAUUCCCUUCGGACUGUUUCUCUUAACUCCAUAACCAGCUAAUCAGAAGAAACCUAAACUCUUGCUGGGCAGAGGUUGCUGAGACUAGUCCAGCGAGCCAAAGAGGAAGGGCCAUAGCUCAGUGGUAGAGCAUUUCUUUUCCAGCCAGAAGGUGCCGGGUUCAACCUCUGCUGUCUGCUCCAGGUAGGGCUGAGGAUGUCCUCUACCUGGAGAGCUUACAGUCAGUAGAUAGUACUAAGCUGGAAGGCAGCUUUCUAUGAACUGAUUAAACUUUACGUGGACUUAUCUCCUGCACCCUUUCACCUCCCCUAGAGCAAGGACUCUGGCACAAAAUAGAUUUUAUAUAUCAAACUUUUCAGGCAUGGUGGAGUAAAUAACCUGCUGCUGCUCUUGAUUUUGAUGUUUGUGUUAUUGUUCCCAAAGGCAACAUUUGAAGGGUGUUCAUGGGGGAUAAGAACAGAUCUCUGUGGUUCUGAUAAUUGUAAGCGGAAGAAAGGUCUCCUCUAGGAGCAGGUGCAGAGCAGGAGAAAAACAUGUUGACUCAAGAGACUGACAAGGUGCAAGGAGGGAGAAAGUUGAGUUUGGCUGAACAUGAUUGACAUCAGAAGAGCCCUGAAACUGGAUCAGGUGAAGGGCCCUGAAACUCCAGCAUCUUCUUCUCAAAAUGCACAACCAGUUACCUCAAAGGGAAGGCCACAAGGAAGGGGUCAGUGUCUCAGCCCUUUCCCUACAUGUGAUACCCAACAACUGGCACUCAGAGUCUUCCUGCCUCAAACAGUGGAGGGAGUGUCAUAUUCUUAAGGGAAAGCUGGGUUUGACCUGGCCUUCAGCAUUUUUAGAACAGGAGUCACCAACAUGCUGCCCUUCAGAUUUUGUUUAGGAUUGAAAUGUAUUAACUUGAUCCAUGUCAUAGAUCCCCUAUAUCAGGCAUGUCAUGUCCAACAGUAGAUCACUGAACGUCUGCAGUAGAUCACUGGUAGAUCAUUGGUUCCCCCAAAGAAGCUGAACAACUGUGGCUCCCCUUAAAAAAGCUCAACAUUUCACCUCCUCCUGGAAAAAACCUCAACAACUUUGACCCGAACCCCAAAAAAGGGGUAGAUCACCCCCAGUUUUAAACUCUGUGAAUAGAUCGCAGUCUCUUGGGAGCUGGCCAACCCUGCACUAUAUAAUCCAAUAAAGGCUAUAAAAAGCCCCAUUCUAAACAAUCAAAGGCUUUCUCCGCAUCAAAAAAAUAAUAUGCUAUACUGUAUAGUGCCCUCAAUCGUUCCCAACAUCAGGGUCUUUUCCAAGGAUUCUUCUCUUCUCAUCAGGCUCCAAUACUUUGGCCACCUCAUGAGAAGAGAAGAAUCCUUGGGAAAGACCCUGAUGUUGGGAAAGAUUGAGGGCACUAGGAGAAGGGGACGACAGAGGACAAGAUGGUUGGACAGUGUUCUCGAAGCUACGAACAUGAGUCUUACCAAACUGCGGGAGGCAGUGGAAGACAGGAGUGCCUGGCGUGCUAUGGUCCAUGGGGUCACGAAGAGUCAGACACGACUAAACGACUAAACAACAACAACAAAUACUGUAUAGUUGUUUCACUUUAUUGGUAACAUGAAUGAAAUGUAGAACCUUACAUAUGUUUCAAGAGAGGUUAUGUCCCAUAAUAAAUCCAGUUUGAUCUUCUGCUAUAUAUUUAUGUAUUACUAUAUUUAAUCUAUUUGCUAGAAUUGUGAAGCAAAGUCCUGAUUCAGCAAUGCUGUAGGACAGUAUGACUGGACUUCAUCUUUUUUAAAUAUGUGAUCAAUUUCUAGCCAUUUGCCAUGUUUUAGGAAAAACGGGACUUAGCAUAAUUUUAUUAAAUGUCACUUUCAAAGAUUACUCUUAAUUCAUUCAAUAAUUUUUAAUAUUACUUGGCUGUGAAAUUAUCCAGUCUGGGGGCUUCAUUGUAUUUUAACACAUUAACCAUUCUGCAGAGUUUUGGGGAGCGUUAUAGCAGAUUGGAGCUUAUCAGAACCAGAUUGGGUUAGACAUUGUAUUUUUUAUUAUUUUUAGAUAUAAAAAGGCUUCAAUAGCAUCUUUUUGUGAUAAUCAGAUGUAUAUGAUUUCUUAUUUUAAAAAAUCAAUUCAUUUGUGAUCCCAUCAGAUCUUGUUAUCCUCUUUGAUCUUUAAUUGUUGAAAAUGUAUAAGUGUGUGUUUGUGUAAAAAUGUGCUAACAAUUUGCCAGCUUUGUUCCCUUUUUCAAAUAAACACUUACAACCUUAGCUUUUUCUAUCUUUCUGAGCAAAUAUUAAGAGAUUGCUAUCUAAGUAGCUCUGGUUUUCUAUAAUUUUUUUUAAGAGCAGGUAGUUUUAGGUUUUUAACAAUUUAUAAUUUUUCAAUUUCAACCUCAUCAUUCAGUGCUUUCUCCCUUGAUGUUUUUUCUUCUUCUUUCAAAUAUGAAGCUUUUGAACUAUUUGACCUCUCAUUAUUGCCUUUGAAGUCUCCCAUAUAGAAUGUUUAUCAACUCUACAGAAUUAUUGAUAUUUUCUUAAUAUAGAUGUCAGAUCCUGUGUGACAUUUUCAUUUCGUAAUAUAAAAUUAUCAAUAUGCCAGCAAUUUUUGUUGUUGUUGUCCUUUCUAUAUUAAUUGGAGCAUAGAAUGAAAACUCAGCAUCAUCUAUUGAAAAUGAUUGACAAUACCUUGAAUACAGACAAAUGGAAGGACAAAUGAUUUCACAGAGACUCUCUCUAUAUAUAAUUAGUUUAGUAUUUUGCUGUCAGGUGCUCCUUCUUGUUCAGAUCAGGUCUUAGUAUAAUAAGGUAGCAUUUGGGAAUGAAGAUGCAGCCCAGGAGCCCAGCACUGGAGGCCAAGAUAGAGAAGACCUGCACGGCUACCAUGUAU